CCCUAACAAUAACCCUAAAACUCCAUGGCAAUAUCCAAGCUUGCAAUAUACUUAGCAUGCAUCAUAGCACUAACCAUGGCAGGCCAUGCAGUGGCACAUAAUUCACCGGAUCACUAUCUUAAUCCCCACAACUCAGCUCGCAGCGACGUCGGUGUUGGUCCGGUGACAUGGAAUGACACCGUGGCCGCCUACGCAGAGGACUACGCCAACCAAAGAGCCAAGGAUUGUGAGCUCAUCCACUCCAAUGGAUCUUACGGUGAGAACCUCUUUUGGGGUUCUGGGACUAAUCACAGUGAAGAGGAUGCAGUGAAUGCAUGGGUCUCUGAAAAGCAAGACUAUGAUUACUAUAGCAACACUUGUGCUAAAGGAAAGGUGUGUGAACAUUACACUCAGGUGGUAUGGAGUAGCUCAACAAACAUUGGUUGUGCUCGUGUGGUGUGUAACAAUGAUGGCGGUGUCUUCAUCAUCUGUAACUAUUUCCUUGCUGGGAAUAUAGAAGGACAACGCCCUUACUAAGGGAAUAUUGAUCAAGAUUCAAGACCCCUCUAUUUGUGUGUGUAUAUAUAUAUA